UCGUCCUCCCAGGCGCUUAUAGAGAGCAGCAGGUGACGGUGCCCGGAGCUCACUCUGUCCAGCUCUGCAGGAAUCCAGGGCCGAGUGAGAGGAAGAUGCUGCUGCUGACGCGGGUCGUGUUGCUCUCAGCGCUCUGCGCCGCGGCGCUCGGCUGCCCCCGCAUCGUCUCUCGCUCCCAAUGGGGGGCCCGGGCCCCAAAAAACAGGGUCCGGCUGAGGACCCCAGUGCCCUUCGUCAUCAUCCACCACACGGAAGGGAAUCCCUGCACCUCACAGGCCUCCUGCAGCCGGCAGGUCAGGGGCAUCCAGAACUAUCACAUGAACUCAAACGGCUGGUCCGACAUCGGCUACAACUUCCUGAUCGGCGAGGACGGCAACGUCUACGAGGGCAGAGGCUGGAGCACCAUGGGGGCCCACGCCAAGAACUGGAACCAUAAGUCACUGGGAUUCAGCUUCCUGGGCAGCUUCUCCAGCAGAGUGCCCAACAACGCCGCCCUGAACGCCGCCAAGAGCCUGAUCCAAUGCGCCGUCUCCAAGGGCUUCCUGAGCCGCAGCUACUUCCUGAAGGGGCAUCGCAACGUGAACCCGACCGACUGCCCCGGGAACGCCCUCUACAAGGUCAUCAGACAGUGGCCCAGGUUCAAAGCCUGAGUCCCUGCAGCCUCGGGGCAGCCCCUGACCCCGCCUGCGGCUUCUGCCUGCCCAAGCAGCACCUCCGCCCCCCAGCAGGGGGCAGCCUCGCGCUUCUCGCCCACCUGCUGCCUCCUGGGGCCUGGAGAGCAGGGAUCUGAGAGUUGGGGUUACGCUCCCGUCUCCCCUGGGCUCUGCUGCCGUCACCCCAGGGCUCAGAUUUCUAAUGGUGCCUUGGAGCCAACUGCCCCCCACCCCA